ACAGUUGACUACAACACCAAGUUGAUGUUGGCCUCUCUGUCCACGAUGAUGUCGCAUGGCUUCAAGAGCAGCAAGCAGGACUUUACCUUCGGACCAUGGAGAGUGACUGCUGCCAGAAACCACAUCAUGAAGUCCAAAGACAUCGAACGGUUAGCAGAGGAGAUGAACAUGCCCUCCCUUCCGGAGAUGCUGUUCGGGGACAACGUUCUGCGCAUCCAGCACACAGAUGGCUACGGCAUUGAAUUCAACGCCAUCGAUGCCCUGAGGAGAGUCAACAACAUGGAGGACGCCGUCAAGGUGGCCUGUGCGCAGGAGUGGCAGGAGAGCAGAGCUGAUUCUGAACACUCCAAAGAGGUGGUGAGACCUUACGACUGGACAUACACCACCGACUACAGAGGCACCCUCAUAGGAGAAAGUGUGCAGAUGAAGGCGACGAAGACGGCGGAGCGUAUCGAUAUGGAGAAGCUGAAGGCCAGGGAACAGAUCAUGUUCUUCGAUGAGGUGCUGCUGUUUGAGGACGAGCUCCAUGACCACGGCGUCUCGAUGAUCAGCGCCAAAAUUAGGGUGAUGCCCACCAGCUUCUUCCUGUUGCUGCGCUUCUUCCUACGAGUGGACGGAGUGCUGAUUCGAAUAAAUGACACGCGACUGUAUCACGAGGCCGGAAAGGACUUUUUGCUGCGGGAGUUCAGCACGAGGGAGAGCAAAGUAGCAGAGCUAAAGAACGUCCCCGCCGCUCUGUACACGGAUCCCAAUGAGAUCGCCCAACACUUGACCCUGAAGCUGACUGAGAGCGAGCGGCUGGAGCUUCCCGCGGUGCAGCCGGAGACAGCCGCCAACGACAUCCUUCCGUGACAGACCCACUGACAAGUCCACGUGUUGCAUGAUGAAGAAAAUGGGAAUCAUAGUCCUGAACCACAUUAAACCACAGUAAUAUACAACCUUUGAUUUCCCCUUCAGAUAUCUGUACAGGAAUAGUUUUUAUAUGUGACCUCUAAGUUGAUGUGUUCUUAAAACCCUCACAACGUUUCUGCGUGUUUUCGGUACAGUUUGACGCACUGUAAUAUCUGAGAAACGUUAACACUCGUUAAAUACUUCAGUCUGGCUUGUGGCUCCGUUUAUAUCGGAACUGAUUUGGUUUUAUGAGUUAUUUUUUCCAAAAGGCUUGGUAGGAUAGCUAUGUCUGUGCUUAUAAUAUUAGUGUAUUGAUGAUGCGUUUGUAAGAAAAAAACAAGCUACACUGACCAGCUAACAGCACUGUAUUUUCUGAAGUCAAGUCAUCAAAAGAUGUCUGUAAAUAUGUCUACUUUAUUUUCUACGGGGACUCAUGGAAGGUGAAAGAGCUUGCUUUCCAUUUGCAAGUCAGACACCUCCAGAAUCUGUUUGAAUGUGUAUUCAAUAUGGCCAAAUAAAUUCUGUUUGUGCAAAGUUA